UCGGCAUGCAUUUAGGCGCUAUUGCAAAUAAUUUUGUGCGCACCACCAUGCGAAACGCGAUCAGAGAUGUGAUGUCAUGGAAACAGCCUAUAUUGUAUUUUACCGUGAUCGCAACGCUCACCUCUGUGUUAAUCCCUUGCUAUGGCCAGAUUCCAGACGCAAGCGUUCCAAUGCCAAACAAUGCCAACACUAAUCAGACAAUUGUCCGAUCUGGUAGGCUUGUAGUUGGGAAUAACUUCCAACUGAGAAGGGUGGGUCUCGUGGUAACCAAUGAUGAAUCCGCCGCUUCUGACCGCAUCAAGACUCAAAACGGAUCUCUUGCAUUUGAGACUGGUUAUCAGGCUGAACAACCUGCAUCACAAGAAUGGCACAAGUUGGAUGCUAAACUCCAGCACAUGGGGCCAUCAGUACAGUGUAGCAACUAUGCAAUGACCCUUCGGGUCAAAGGGUGGAGAGCUCCACAUUUUCUGGUCGACAAUGGUGACGGGUCUCCUGUUCUUCCGCUGUCCCGGAUGCCAUCUCAUUGUGGCUUUUCUGUAAAGAGGUCACGCAGAGAUGUAAUGUUUGUUGCACCAUACCUAGGCUGCCAUGUCACUCAACAGGGGGGUAACUAUGUUCUGCCACUGCGCCUGUGGGGGGCACCCAUGACCAUGUCUUGUCCUGUUGCACCACCACCCCCUCCUCCCCCCUCUGUCUCCUGCUUUUUAUCUGGCAUGGUGGUGAAGCUUCCCAUGGCAACAAAUGCUCUUAAAGUCAAAGUGUCUGGUGUGUGGGAGGGACUUCUCUCAAUCUCCCAGCAAUGUGGCUUAACCAUAGAGCCAUUCUUUGGAGGAGUGGUGAUCACUGCACCAUACACAGGACCCUGUGUGGAGUUGGAGGAUGACGAGCAUUUGCUUUCUAUGCUCUCGGUUGCUGGGGAGCUCACCAUCUCCUGCCCUGCAGGCCUCCCUCAAACUGAACCUGUUAUUCCUGGAUACCCUCCGUUCUACCAGUUGUCCCAGUACCAUUUCCCUCUGUAUCCCUCUCGACCCUCUUUCCCAACAGCAGCAGCCACUACCACACCUAAACCCACCCAUUCCCCUAAACCUUCUAGCCAGGCCACACAUAUGCCACCUAAAGGAUACCCCCAGGUCCCACAAAUGCCUGACUUCCACACGUUUUACCCAUACCAUUUUCCUCCACAUCCCCUUCAAAAACCAUAUUUCCCAACAUCAGCCCCCACUACUACCACACCUAAACCCACCCAUUCCCCUAACCCUUCUAGCCAGGCCACACAUAUGCCACCUAAAGGAUACCCCCAGGUCCCACAAAUGCCUGACUUCCACACGUUUUACCCAUACCAUUUUCCUCCGCAUCCCCCUCAAAAACCGUAUUUCCCAACAUCAGCCCCCACUACUACCACACCUAAACCCACCCAUUCCCCUAACCCUUCUAGCCAGGCCACACAUAUGCCACCUAAAGGAUACCCCCAGGUCCCACAAAUGCCUGACUUCCACACGUUUUACCCAUACCAUUUUCCUCCGCAUCCCCCUCAAAAACCGUAUUUCCCAACAUCAGCCCCCACUACUACCACACCUAAACCCACCCAUUCCCCUAACCUUUCUAGCCAGGCCACACAUAUGCCACCUAAAGGAUACCCCCAGGUUCCACAAAUGCCUGACUUCCACACGUUUUACCCAUACCAUUUUCCUCCAUAUCCCCCUCAAAAACCGUAUUUCCCAACAUCAGCCCCCACUACUACCACACAUUCCCCCAAACCUGCAACCCAGGCCCUGCAUAUGCCACCUAAAGGAGACCACCAGGUCCCACAAAAGCCUGACUUCCACACGUUUUACCCAUACCAUUUUCCUCCGUAUCCCCCUCAACAACCUUAUUUCCCAACAUCAGCCCCCACAACUACCACGCCUAAACAAACACAUUCCCCUAAACCUACCCAGGCCCUGCAUUUGCCACCUAAAGGAUACCCCCAGGUCCCACUGAGCUACCAGUUUCCCCAGUACAAUUUCCCUGGGUUUUUCCCUCAACGCUCUGUCCCAAGAGCACCCCCCACCACAGCCAGCCAACCGGAAAAGAAUCAGAAUAACGCCCAGAAAUACCAUUACUCUGCUUUCCCCUACACCUACCGUCAAAAUUCGGCCAAUCCUCCAGUAACUGCUACCACCCCCCCUGGCACCACUCCCCAGGCCCAACCCAAGCAGCCCUUCAUGCAAUAUGACCAGUACCCGAUGGUUCGCAGCUGGUAUCCGUAUGCCUCUGCUCCGUUCCCUCCCCAUUAUGGAAUGGCUCCGUAUCAUGAUCAGGGGUCUAAAGAGUAACUUAUGGCGGAAUCUGCAAUUUCCAACCAUUACUGGUGAAGUGCAAAAUAAAUACACUAUAUGUA